AGGAAGCCAAAGGCUAGACAGCAGAAGCUGUUGUCUUUGCAGAUUAGAUCCUCUUGCUUAGCUGGUUCAGAGAAAUGAAGAGCACAGACAUCUUGGAGAUAAUUUUUAUCCACUGAUAUCCUAAGGUCUUCUCUACUGAAUUUGCUUGUGAUUGGCAUUUGAUACUGAAAAGACUAGUGUGGGCACUUCUCCCCACUGAACUAGAAAAGGCCACACCUUAGUCUGUAGCUAUGGAACUUUUUUCAUCUGAAGAAUUAUUCAUCUUGUUUUGCUCUAACUGAGCUGCCAGUCAGUGGCUAGCACUCAUCACACCAGCCAACUUCCUUCUGUGGGAAGGAAGCCCAUAGUAAUGUCACUUCACUGCACCUUCAGAGUAAAUCUUAUUUAGAGUUGUUAGGACUUCUCUGAGUGAAUGGAAACUCUUCUAUUCUUUUUCUGAACAAGAAAUUGCAGCUACAAAACCAGUAGAAGAACUUGAAGACUGUUUUUUGGAAACAGAUUAAAGCCUUUGGAUGUUUAGAACAAAGAUUUUUUAAAAAAUGAAUUCAAAGAAAUUUAGUUUCUUAGCAAUGCUUAUGUUUACAGUGACAAUAGUUUUUUUUUAUAUGAACAAUGUGUUUAUACAAACAACCCAGGGAAUGCUAAAAGUCCCAAACUCGUUAGUCCUUGCUGAAGUUUGCGAUUCAGUUAUCAGAGGAGAGAUGAUUUCUUUUCAAGACACUGUCCUGAAACCAUCAUUUGGAAAUCUUACUUGCCAAGACUACUUGCUCCAAAGUCACUAUAUAACAGUUCCCCUGUCAAAAGAAGAAGUCCAGUUUCCUUUGGCUUAUGUAAUGGUGGUACAUAAGGAUUUUAAAACAUUUGAGAGACUCUUCAGGGCUGUUUAUAUGCCCCAAAAUGUUUAUUGUAUUCAUGUAGAUGAAAAAGCAACAAAUGAUUUUAAAGAUGCAGUGAAGUGGGUGGUGGACUGCUUACCCAAUGCUUUCCUUGCCUCUAAGAUGGAGUCAGUCGUCUAUGGUGGAAUAUCCAGGCUCCAGGCUGACCUGAAUUGCAUGAAAGACCUUGUCGUUUCUGAAGUUCAGUGGAAAUAUAUUAUUAACACUUGUGGGCAAGAUUUCCCUCUGAAAACCAAUAAAGAAAUAAUCCAGCAUCUGAAAGGAUUUAAAGGGAAAAAUAUCACCCCAGGAGUGUUGCCUCCACCUCAUAUUAUUCACAGGACUAAAUAUAUCUACAAGGAGCAGAGAUAUAUUUUCUUUUCCUUCAUGAUGUGGACUUGGAGAAGGAAAACUCCUCCUCCUCACAGUCUGACUAUUUACUUUGGCUCUGCUUAUGUCUCCCUUACAAGGGAAUUUGUCAACUUUGUUCUUCAAGACCAACGAGCCAUUGAUCUACUGGAGUGGUCUAAGGAUACCUACAGUCCUGAUGAGCAUUUCUGGGUGACUCUCAAUAGGAUUCCAGGUAUGUUUGACUUUUAUUUUUAUUUUAACCUAUUAUAA